UUUUUUUUUUCCUCUUCCCUUCUGCCUUCCUGCCCACGGGAUUAAGGCGACCUCAAUGAAGGAAAGAAGAGCGAGCCAGAAAUUAUCCAGCAAGGCGGUCAUGGAUCCCAACCAGAACGUGAAGUGCAAGAUCGUGGUGGUGGGCGACAGCCAGUGCGGCAAGACGGCGCUGCUGCACGUCUUCGCCAAGGACUGCUUCCCCGAGAGCUACGUCCCCACGGUGUUCGAGAACUACACGGCCAGCUUCGAGAUCGACGCGCAGCGCAUCGAGCUCAGCCUGUGGGACACGUCGGGAUCCCCUUACUACGACAAUGUCCGUCCACUUUCAUACCCAGAUUCCGAUGCUGUCUUGAUAUGUUUUGAUAUUAGUCGGCCAGAAACUCUUGACAGCGUGCUAAAAAAGUGGAAAGGUGAAAUCCAGGAGUUCUGCCCCAACACCAAAAUGCUCUUGGUGGGCUGCAAGUCGGACCUGCGCACGGAUGUGAGCACCUUGGUGGAGCUUUCCAACCACAGGCAGACGCCGGUGUCCUACGAUCAGGGUGCAAAUAUGGCCAAGCAGAUUGGAGCAGCAACGUAUAUUGAAUGCUCAGCCUUACAGUCAGAAAACAGUGUCAGAGACAUUUUUCAUGUUGCCACCUUGGCGUGCGUGAAUAAAACAAAUAAAAAUGUUAAGCGGAACAAAUCGCAGAGGGCAACGAAGCGGAUCUCACACAUGCCUGGCAGGCCAGAACUUUCCACAGUGGCUACGGACUUGCGAAAGGACAAAGCAAAGAGCUGCACGGUGAUGUGAAGGACCUCGGUUACCUGAAGGAGGAGGAGGAGGAAGAGUGUUUGGGAGAGGUGAAGGCUCCGUGAAGUACCCAGCCACAUGGUGUGUAGUGAGGGCUUAUGCCAGGGCUCCUAAGGAGCCUCUUCGCCUAUUGUGAGACUGUACUUAGGGACUGAGCACGUAGACCAAGCAGUGAGAAGAAACGGCUCUAAAUGAGGUGGCAUCGAGAAAUGUUACGUGGAAGAAAAUACCAAAAAAAAAAAAAAGAAAAUAUUUGAAUGUGCUGAGAGAAGAGGAUAAAUGGGAAAAUAGCCCCACAAAGGAGAGAUGCUCUUGUCAGUGCUUGUUUGUUUUGUUAAUGCUCUACUCCUGGAUGCUACCACUUUGAUUUUGAUAAUAUUUUGACUUUUUUUUAAAAAAAAGACUUCAUUAAUGUGCCCUCCUCCUUAGGAAGCUCUCCCUGUGAUUUAGAGUUGGUUUUUCCAGAGGAUAUGAUAUUUUCUAGUAGCUCAGCGUUAACACGGAGAUUACGCCAAGGCCCCUGGGUCCCCGAGAAGGAAACACUAUGGGAGGAGUUUGGAGGUUGUCCUGCUGAGACGGCAGCGCGAGCUGAACUGGGGCCUCUUGGUGGAGAUGGGGAUGGUUCCA